AUGCCAUCAUCACAGAAAGUAGCGAUCAAGAAGAUCACCCCAUUUGACCACUCCAUGUUCUGUCUGCGGACAUUACGAGAGAUGAAGCUGCUACGGUACUUCAAUCAUGAAAACAUCAUAUCCAUACUUGACAUACAAAAACCGCGAAACUACGAGACCUUUACAGAGGUCUACUUGAUCCAAGAAUUGAUGGAGACUGACAUGCACCGCGUGAUACGAACACAAGAUCUAUCUGAUGAUCAUUGCCAAUACUUCAUCUACCAGACUCUACGUGCCUUGAAGGCUAUGCAUUCGGCGAAUGUUUUGCAUCGAGACCUGAAGCCUUCGAAUCUCUUACUCAAUGCCAAUUGUGACUUAAAAGUAUGCGACUUUGGUUUGGCAAGAUCGGCAGCCAACGUGGAAGACAAUUCAGGAUUCAUGACGGAAUACGUUGCCACGAGGUGGUAUCGAGCUCCCGAAAUUAUGCUCACUUUCAAGGAAUACACAAAGGCCAUUGAUGUCUGGAGCGUAGGGUGCAUAUUGGCAGAGAUGCUCAACGGCAAGCCACUGUUUCCAGGAAAAGAUUAUCAUCAUCAAUUGACAUUGAUUCUCGAUGUUCUGGGCACGCCCACAAUGGAGGACUACUACGGCAUCAAAUCGCGACGCGCGCGAGAGUACAUUCGCUCUCUGCCCUUCAAGAAGAAGAUCCCUUUGAAGGCUAUGUUCCCCAAGACAUCUGACCUAGCUCUUGACUUGCUGGAAAAGCUGUUAGCCUUCAACCCUGUAAAGAGAAUUACUGUCGAGGAUGCUUUAAGGCAUCCAUAUCUCGAACCCUACCAUGAUCCCGAAGACGAACCAACAGCGGAUCCAAUUCCAGAGGAGUUCUUUGAUUUCGACAAGAACAAAGAUAGUUUGACGAAAGAGCAGCUGAAAGAGUUGAUCUUCCAAGAAAUCAUGCGAUAG